CUUUCGGGUCCACUAUUAAUCGUCUGAAGACAUAUUUUCAAUUCAUUGAGUCAUUUGCGAGAUAUUCGUGUAUAACACCGUGUGACAAUGACGUUCCGACAUAAUAAAAAAAUAUUUAAAAUAAAAUGUCAAAGAAAGCCGAGGGAGAAAAACAAUUCCAGUUUUUACAAAAGUAUCUUAAUAAUGCGAGAAAAGAAUCUAAGUCAAAGAUACAAAAUAAAUGUUCCUCAUCCACUUCUGAAGAAUGUAAAAAAGAUGAAGACUGGCUGACAAAGAAAGCAAUACAAGAACUUGAGAAGGAAAUGAACAUCAACAAAGUGAAGCGCGAAACUUUUGGAUCAGUCACAAUGCCUAAAACAAGAACGAAUAAACGGUUUCUUGAAAGCACUUUGAGCCAUUGCUUGAGUCACAAUAAAAGAGAGCAAAAACGAAAUGACGUGAAAUCUACAGAUAAACUUAAAGAGCUCGAGAGAUAUCAUAGGAUGAGGAAAAGCAAACAAAAAUUUGGCAAAAGAAAACAUGAGUACAAAAAGCCCGAAAAAAGGAAAAGUCAGGAUAGCAGCAGCUCAGAAAACUGAUAAAUCUUUAUAAUGUUUGAUGAAUAAAUAUAAUUUUAAAAAGUUAAGUAUACACUUCCAAUAAAUAUAUUAAAAAUAAAUUCUUGAAAGAGAAAAAAUAUUCACUGACUGAACAAUUCUUUUUUCAUAAAAAAAUAAAAACAAAU